UGCCUGAGAAUCGAACCGUGACCUCCUGGUUCAGAGAUCAAUCAAUGCUCAACCACUGAUCUGGGACAGACCCCACUUCCCAGAUGAAGCAACUGGGGUCUCACCGUGGACAGCUGACUCCAGUUGAGGGUUCUACCUCUGAGACAGUGCCCCUCACUCUCUGUACUUUAGUGCCUGAGGCUGCUGUGUGCAUGUGUGUGGGCAUCUUGCCUGAGUGAGCAGGGUGAGAGGUGGCAGGAGUAGUGCACCUGAUGCUGAUGGUUGGCUCAGAAGGGAGACACUCGGGUGUAACAAAAUCAGAUAAGAGGUGGCCCAGGAGCUAAGAAUAGCAUUGGGCACAGGCUCCUGGCUUGGGCAGGGGCAUGUCAGUGCCAGCCAGGAAGUAGCCUGCGAUUCCCGAGGAACGGAGCAAGGAAUGGGGCCCAGGAUCCAAGGUUCCAAGGGAGGGGACAGAGUCCGGCUCAGCUCAUAAACAGCUGAUAGGUCAGGGACCAGGGAGAGGGCAAGUACUGAGACCCAAGGCAUUGGCGCUGGGGCCUGGAGGUGAGCUCUGGGCCCAGAGGAAGUGCCCACCUGGCAUCCAUGGCCUUCCUGGUGUCCGGGACCCUGCGGAUGGCCGCACAGAUAGCAGAUGCUCAAGACAGCCUGAGAAGAAAGGGGAAGUACAGCGUGCAGGGUCCAAGGGUGGCCUUGACUCUCAGCAGCCCCGAGGUGUCGGCCUCUACAGUGGCUCUCCUGGAGAGUGUGUUCCAGGCCCUGGGCUUUGAGAGCUGCCCGAGGAGGGAGGCCUCGGUCCAGGACUUCCUUGAGGAGCUGACUGGGUUCCGGGAGCAGCUGGAUGCCCACAGGGCCCCUGCGGGCUGUGUCCUAGUGGCCUUGGUGGCCCCCCGUGGGCAGCUGAGGCAGCCACAGAAGUUGGUUCGGGAGCUGAGUGGCUGUGAGGCCCUGCGGGGCUGCCCCAAAGUCUUCCUGCUGCUCUCAAGUGCUCCUGGGGCUUCCCCCAAGCCCGGGACCUUCCUCACUGGCUUGAGUGAACUCUGUGGCCGCUGUCCUCACUGGUCCCUGCUGCAGCUGCUGACAGAGGUCUUCCGCAGGACAGCUGGAGAGUCCUCCGGGGCCGCCCACUGCCCAGUCCUUCGGAGCUCCUUGCGGGGUGCGCUGUGCCUGGGGGAUGUGGAGCCCUGGGGGCCUGAGCCGGAACCCGGCCCCCGUGCUCAGUAUGACCUGUCCAGAGACAGGGCUGCCCUCUUGCUAGCUGUGAUCCGGGACCGGCCCGGGGCCCAGCGUGAUGUGGAGGCACUGGGGGGCCUGUGCCAGACCCUGGGCUUCGAGACCACCCUGAGGACAGACCCCACAGCCCAGGCUUUCCAGGGGGAGCUGGCCCAGUUCCGGGAGCGGCUGGACACCCGCAGGAGCCCCGUGAGCUGUGCCCUUGUGGCCCUGAUGGCUCAUGGGGGGCCUCAGGGGCAGUUGCUGGGGGCUGAUGGGCGAGAAGUGCAGCCAGAGGCCCUGGUGCAGGAGCUGAGCCGCUGCAGGGCCCUGCGGGGCCGUCCCAAGAUCUUCCUGCUUCAGGCUUGCCGCGGUGGACACAGGGAUGUGGGCCUGGGGCCCACAGCCCUCCCCUGGUUCUGGCGCUGGCUGCGGGCCCCACCAGCCACGCCCUCCCACGCUGAUGUCCUUCAGAUCUAUGCAGAUGCCCAAGGCAGCUCCUCUGGGGGCCCCACGCCAGGGAGCUGUGACCAAGCGGACAUCCUGGUGGCCUAUGCGGCAGCCGAGGGCUGCGUAGCCUAUCGGGACGAGAAGGGCUCAGACUUUAUCCAGACGCUGGUGGAGGUCCUCAGAGCCGCCCCCGAGGGAGACCUCCUGGAGCUGCUGACUGAGGUCAACCAGCGGGUGUGUGAGCUGGAUGUGCGGGGUCCUGACUGCAGCGAGAGCCGCAAGGCCUGCCUGGAGAUCCGCAGCUCCCUGCGGCGCCGGCUCUGCCUGCAGGCCUGACUCAGCCGCCCAGCUGUGCCCACUGAGGGGCCGCACCCAGUGCCGCCUCCGCCUCCAUCCACUCGGCAGCUACCUCAUCCGUAAACGGGGCAUCACAGCAGGUGCUGGGCUCCGCUGCAGACUUGGCCUCUGCCUUCAGGACUGUCAGAGUCCAGAUCAGGCCACUGGCUUGGAGCAAAGCAUCGCGGGUUAGCGGUGCUGUGACGGGAACGCACGGUGGUGGGGGGAGCAGCGCGCAGCUCCUGACCAGCGCCAGCUGGGAGCCUGCGGGGAAAGCGAUCGGGGAAAGCGAUCAGAGGGGCCUGGGGGUCUGAUUAGGUCUGGAAUUUGGUGCUGAAUUACAGCCCAGACCGGAGCCCCGCCCACACGGAGCCCGAGGGGGUGGGGGUGGGGAGGGGGCAGAGCUCCUAUUCACUCCGAGCGCGAGCGAUGCGCACCACGCAGGCGCCCAGACAAGCUUUAUGGAAAAAGCCGAACAGAGCCUUUCUCACAGGGCCGCGUGGCCUAAUGGAUAAGGCGUCUGAUUCCGGAUCAGAAGAUUGAGGGUUCAAGUCCCUUCGUGGUCGCUGCCGAGGUUGGUUUUUCUCCCUCGCUUAAUGUUUUCCCCUCUAAGAGCACGGAGUUAGUUACCUGCUGGUGGGAUCAGGGAUCCUACCGGGAAUUGGUUACGUAAAAUAUAACUGCCCUGGAGGAUUCGGACUGUUGAGAGGAGUUGCCCCAGGAUGCAUUUGGAUAUAUGAGAUUAUUGUGACGAAAAAGGCUUGGAAAUGGCAAUGGCUGCGCAAUAUGUGACUGUAACUGAUACUACUGAAUUGUACAUUUAAAAAUGGUUAAAAUGGCAAAUUAACUAUAUAUAU